AGGGGGAAGCGGCGGCGGCGGCGGCGACGAAGGGCUCCAGACCCAGUUCCUGGACCUGCCCUGGAAAAGAAGGAUCCAGUAGAGAUGAGCUCACUGCAGUUACUUAAUUAAAAAUUUGUAAGCUGCACAAAUGGCAAUGGGCCAACCAAGAACAGCUACAGUUUGAAUUUUUCUAUUUCCAGAAAAUGCUUGGACAGAAGAGAUGAGUACUGUUUCCACUAAGGCCUAGAAUUGCCUGCUGUACAGAUAGUCCUGAUCAGGCAACAUACGAAUGGCCCAAGGAAGCCACCAAAUUGAUUUUCAGGUUUUACAUGACCUGCGACAGAAGUUCCCUGAAGUGCCUGAGGUCGUUGUGUCCAGGUGCAUGCUGCAGAAUAAUAAUAACCUGGAUGCCUGCUGUGCCGUUCUCUCUCAGGAGAGUACAAGGUAUCUUUAUGGUGAAGGAGACUUGAAUUUUUCAGAUGAUUCUGGAAUUUCUGGUCUACGCAAUCACAUGACUUCCCUCAACUUGGACUUGCAGUCCCAGAACAUUUACCACCAUGGAAGAGAAGGAAAUAGAAUGAAUGGAAGCAGGACUCUAACGCACAGCAUUAGUGAUGGACAGCUUCAAGGUGGUCAGUCCAAUAAUGAACUGUUUCAGCAGGAGCCACAGACAGCACCAGCUCAGGUUCCUCAAGGCUUUAAUGUUUUUGGAAUGUCCAGUACCUCUGGGGCUUCAAAUUCAACACCACAUCUUGGAUUUCACUUAGGCAGCAAAGGAGCAUCUAACCUUUCUCAACAAACUCCCAGAUUUAACCCCAUCAUGGUGACGUUAGCCCCAAAUAUCCAGACUGGUCGUAAUACUCCUACAUCUUUGCACAUACAUGGUGUACCUCCACCUGUACUUAACAGUCCACAGGGAAAUUCUAUCUACAUAAGGCCUUACAUUACAACUCCUAGUGGUACAACUCGACAGACACAACAGCAUUCUGGCUGGGUGUCUCAGUUUAAUCCCAUGAACCCUCAACAAGUCUAUCAGCCUUCACAGCCUGGUCCCUGGACUACUUACCCUGCAUCUAAUCCUCUGCCACAUACCUCAACCCAGCAAUCGAACCAGCAAGGCCACCAGACCUCUCACGUCUAUAUGCCCAUCAGUUCACCCACUACCCCACAGCCGCCAACGAUUCACUCAUCUGGUAGCUCCCAGUCUUCUGCCCAUAGCCAAUAUAACAUUCAGAAUAUUUCAACAGGACCUCGAAAAAACCAGAUUGAAAUCAAACUUGAACCACCACAAAGAAACAGUUCUUCAAAAUUGCGUUCUUCUGGGCCUCGAACCUCCAGCAGUUCCUCUUCGGUCAAUAGCCAGACUUUAAAUAGAAACCAGCCCACUGUUUACAUAGCUGCCAGUCCUCCGAAUACUGAUGAGGUCAUAUCCCGUAGUCAACCUAAGGUCUAUAUUUCAGCGAAUGCCACCACAGGAGAUGAGCAGGUCCUGCGGAAUCAGCCUACCCUCUUCAUAUCCACAAACUCUGGGGCCUCUGCCGCCUCCAGGAAUGUGUCUGGGCAAGUGAGCAUGGGGCCUGCCUUUAUCCAUCACCACCCUCCCAAAAGUCGAGCCAUAGGCAGUAACUCUGCAACUUCUCCUCGAGUGGUGGUCACUCAGCCCAACACAAAAUACACUUUCAAAAUCACAGUUUCUCCCAAUAAACCCCCUGCGGUUUCGCCAGGAGUGGUCUCCCCUACCUUUGAACUUACCAAUCUUCUAAACCAUCCUGAUCAUUAUGUAGAAACAGAGAAUAUUCAGCACCUCACGGAGCCUGCGUUAGCACAUGUGGAUAGAGUCAGUGAAGCACGGAAGUUGAGUAUGGGAUCUGAUGAUGCUGCCUACACACAAGCUCUUUUGGUACACCAGAAGGCCAGAAUGGAACGGCUUCAAAGAGAACUUGAGAUUCAAAAGAAAAAGCUGGAUAAACUAAAAUCGGAGGUCAAUGAAAUGGAAAAUAAUCUAACUCGAAGGCGCCUGAAACGAUCAAAUUCCGUAUCCCAAAUACCUUCCCUCGAAGAAAUGCAGCAGUUGAGAAGUUGUAAUAGACAGCUCCAGAUUGACAUUGACUGCUUAACCAAAGAAAUUGAUCUUUUUCAAGCCCGAGGACCACAUUUUAACCCCAGCGCUAUUCAUAACUUUUAUGACAAUAUUGGAUUUGUAGGUCCUGUGCCGCCAAAACCCAAAGAUCAGAGGUCCACCAUCAAAACACCAAAGACUCAAGACACCGACGACGACGAGGGGGCUCAGUGGAAUUGUACUGCCUGUACCUUUCUGAACCACCCUGCCUUAAUCCGCUGUGAACAGUGUGAGAUGCCGAGGCAUUUCUGAGCCAGAAGGCCGUCUCCUCUCGCACACCGCCUCUGAAGGUCUAGCACCGCGGGUGUCCCGGGGCCCAGUUUCCCUGCUACCUAGGAUUUUGCAGAGCGAAGGUGUGGCGGGGCGGCCGCAGAGUUCCGAUACCUCAGCGCGGCGCCCGGGCAGGUGGGAGCCGGCGCGGGGGCGCGGGGGCGCGGGACAGCGGCCCGCGGAGGACUCGGCUGCCCGGGCCGCGCGGACGGUUCUCCCCGUGGAUGGCCAGCGGGCCUCGCACCCGGUUCCCCUCCUGUCACUACUGAGUGCUGGCAAGAGGAGGGCGCGCAGCCGCCGCUUGCGCCUCGCGUCCCCUGGAAGCUCUCGGUGAAACACUACGCGCGCGGAGAGAAGGAGCAAGGCUGCCGCACAGUGCCCACGGGAGGGGAGGACCUUCGCGCAUCUGUGGUACUCUCGCCUCGUCUCUGUCUUCCCCGAAACCAUCUCUGUGAAGCCAGCGUCCAGGUCUCAGAGGGGAAGGAAAGCAUGCGUUGUCUAGCAACGGCAGUGAACCCCCAGCUUGUCCUGCUGUGCACAUCUCUCAAGUCUGCGCUAAGGGACUUCCUUAUUAUUUUCUUAUAUUUCUAUAUGUAUAGUGUAAUAGCCUUUUGUUAACUAACCUUUUUUCCUUUUAGUGAUUAAGCACGCUCAUGUCCCUUUUUAAGCCUUCCCUCAGAGAAGCAAUGCCGUAAAAUAAAAGAGCAUUAAUGAAAUGAUGCACACAGUAACUUCGCUUCCUCUGUGCUUGGCCCUCGCCCUCGCCCUGGCCCUCGGGAGUGGUGGUGCUGCUCUGUGAGGACGCGCAGGUGCUGCCCGGUGAAUCGCGUCUGUGUCUGGCACAGCGCACGCUGACUGGCACAGCGGGUGACACAACCUGUUUGGUCUUCCAUGGGGAAGCGGAAAACAAAAAGGUAUUUUUAACCCACUGACAGCUUGUCUCGUCUGCCCGGUGCCCCACAGAACCUUCGCAGGAGCAUGUUCCCGGGAAAGCACAGGUUUCCCAAGCAGCAACAGCAGCAGUGCCAACAGCCCGUGCUUUUUGGAGAGAAGUUGAAAUGCUUUACUGUCCGGGGCAGUGUGUCUCUAAACCUGACUUGGUGGUAGGAUCAUGUGUAUUUGUGAAACAAGGCUAAGUCAUAUUUAGGACAACUGAAGAAAAGCUGGAAAAAAAAAAAAGAAAAACAAGCAAACUUGAACACUGAAGCAACCUCAAGCAUCUCUUUAUUUUGAUGAUAUAUUUUUGUAAGGAAAGUAAAUAUUCAGAUGACCAGGAAUGUAUAUAACUAAAGGAAAUCAAGACAAAUAACAGUAUGCAUUUAAAAAGACAGAAUUCAAAAAUUAGCCAUCAGUGCUUAGAAUGGGGCUAACGGAAGUGCUGAGAUAUAGCAAAAGUUAGAAGAUGAUGUGGACUGCCACCCACUGUAAAUGUUUGCAAACGGCUACGUGUUAAGUCCACAGGAGUAUUUCAGGAGACCUCUGUGAACGUCAGAGCCUUGGCCUUGAGGCUUCGCAUUUUGUAGGUGGGAAGAGACGUGACAAUCCUAGUUCAUUAGACCAUAGACCCAGAGCCUU